CAGGCCCAGCUGCGCGAGGCGCUGCCGACCCUGCGGCCUGCCGCGCUGCCGGAGCCGCCAGAGCCGGCGCGGGGCCCGGGCCCCCGCAGCAGCAUCUCCGACGAGGAGCACGCCAACGUGGUGCGCCUGGUGCAGGAUGCUAUCGAGGGCGGCUUUCUCUACCAGCUGAACUUCGCCAGGCAGUGGACAGGCCAGCUGCGGGAGGCACCCUGGGAGCUCAUGCGGCGCCUGUUCGCCGACAACCCAGCUCCCUUCUCGGCUUUUCUGCACGCGCCGGACGAGCGGCUGGCGCUCUGCUCCUCGUCGCCCGAGUCCCUGCUGUCGGUCCGUGGGGGCGUGGCGACCACCUCGCCCAUCAAGGGCACCUGCCCGCGCGGCGGGGACGCCGCCGAGGACGCGGCUCUGCGGGCCGAGAUGGCUGCUUCCCGGAAGGAGGUGGCAGAGCACCUGAUGUUGGUGGACCUCAUGCGGCAUGACCUCGGUCAGGUCUGCGACCCGGGCUCGGUGCUGUGGGAGCGCUGGCGGGUCGAGACCUUCCCCGCAGUGCAGCACAUGGUGAGCCUCGUGCGGGGGCGCUUGCGGGACGACGCAGACUCCUGGGAGGCGCUCGGGGUCCUCUUCCCUGGCGGCUCCGUCACGGGCUGCCCGAAGACGGUGACCAUCGCCGCCAUCGAGGAGCUGGAGAGUUGCUCGAGAGGCUUCUGGACGGGUAGCAUGGGGUACGUCGACCUCGAUCGCGGCGACUCGCAGUGGAGCAUAUUGAUCCGCACUCUGGAGGCGCGCCGGUGCGGCGAGAACGGGUCCACAACCUGGACGGCGGAGGUGAAGGAUGCCUCCUGCCCCGCACUGCGUCGUCUUCGCCAAAGCCACUCCGCAAUGCAGGCCAGUUUGCUUCAUUGUCGCUGAUGAUCUCGUCUCGUUCAGGCAAACAUGCUCAAUAUUGUUCAGGAAGGCUGCGAUCCGCUACACCAAGUUCCGAAUACAUGAUACCUGCUAUGGGUACCACAUUGCCCAUCAGUCAGUGAGGCUGAAGUGGUUCUCAGUCGAUUACAAGUCUCAGUUCUCAGACACACGUGUUAAAGCGGGUGGUGCGCUCAUUCCUUGGAGUGAAGUUGUUCCCCACUAAAGGCGUUUCGCGUGUGCUUCGCAGUUGGUUCACCUCUUCUUGCAAGUUUUGAAUUUCAAGGUGCACAUUGGCGUUCUCUAUCGCAUUGGUUCUUCCCUUAGACCCUGAGCGCGGUUGGCAUAUCCUGUCACGUUUGGUGACAUUCGUCAGACAUACGGGUCAAUGAUUGCCCACUUGGGGGAAAACAACAGACACACAUAAUCGACCCACGAGUGAAAUCGCAGGGCGCGCAAGACGCCUCGGUAACAAGCAGGGCCCGCGUAACGCAGCCAGCGAAUUCACGUAGAUAGCAAGAGCCAUCGCUUGAGUUAUAGCGCCAUUAGGCACCAAGGGCGGUUGCAAGUGACUGCCAUGUGUGAUUGUUUUGCCAAGUAAGCACGUUUACGCCAGUCACCGGGCCAGGAACCAGUGGCAUUUUCAGAUACCAGACUUGACAGCGAAAGCGCGCCAAAAGGAAAUGGACGAUUCCACAAACAUUGAUAAUAUUAGCGAUGAAGACGGCUGACAAUGACUGGUGUGGAAUAUAUUGGCACGCCCAGGGCAGAUAUAAGUAGAUGUGACGAGGUGAACCUUCGCUCGCGGUCGGUAGCGCAGCAAAUCAAACACACGCGGUAUUAGACAAUUCGAAGUGCAGUUCGAGACCACAGGAAUCUGGGAAAUCAUGCAUCUCAAUGGUUAUGACCGAAGGGGUAUGGUAAAGAGUGCAGCCACUUGCGACUAGCCGGAAGAUCCUCAGUCAGCAUUGUCGCGAGGCUCAGAUGGUGCCACAAUUGGAGCGUCUCGUUGGUCGAAGUAAGAAGUUGAGCCAACAUGUUGAGGCAGUAAAGGCGCGGGUUAAAAGAGUGGAGGGUGAACAAGACAAUGUCGUUUCAGGCGGGGCAACCCGAGGGCUGGAGCGUAGCGCCACGGUGCAUGAUAUAUGUCGAGCACAGUGAGUGUUGCGUUCGUUGGUGAACUCAAUGAAGUGAGCGCCGCCGCCGGCGAAACCGUUCCAGGUGACGCCGAAGGGUCAGAUGUUGCGCGGUCGAUCUCGUUGACACUUGGAGAAGUGCUGACAACCGGGCACUGUGACCUAAGCUGUGAAACCUAACCGACCUUUGCCUGAGCGGCGAGCUAAGCCGCAGCCGUAUCAGGCCCUGCUUGGGCCGAAACCCAAGUCGCAACCAGCUCAGACUUCACCUGCGACGCAAGCUACCGCUCAAAGCGCAGAGUCACAACCGAAGAGUGGCAGCCAGGAGCGCAG